CAGCCGGUGACAUGUCCGACCCUGUUGUAUACUGGCCUUUGUGUGGUGGGUACGGGCAUUGUGGAUUCCAGUUUCUUUAUGGUGAUCAUUUGUGACAUGUCCAUAAUCUGCAUUGCCAGUGUCUGCUAAUGGUUUGCUGCAGAUCCCCCUUAACGGACUACUCAUCCCCACCCCUUACCCCCCGGACGCUCCUCACUAAUGACCGGUUGGAUUAUCCUCCCUAUCAGCCUGUCAGCGUUCUCCAUCCCUGGGAUAUGGAUUGUGUACGCCAUGGCUGUGAUGAACCAUCAUGUGUGUCCUGUGGAAAAUUGGACAUACAAUCUAACGUGCACAGAUGACAACUCAAAGCAUGGAAGUCCCAAAUCAUGUUGUACACUGGAGGAUGUCCCUCUCAUCAGCAAGUGUGGGACAUACCCUCCCGAGAGCUGUCUCUUCAGUCUGAUUGGGAAUGUUGGUGCAUUCAUGGUUGUGAUGAUCUGCUUGCUGAGGUUCAGUCAGGUCAUUGAGCUCAGUCACAGUUCCUGGCUUAAUACUGUUGCUCUGAUCUCAGGCUGCACCAAUGCAACAGGGUUGGUCAUGGUGGGUAACUUCCAGGUGGAUUAUGCCAAGAGUCUGCAUUAUAUUGGAGCAGGGGUGGCAUUUCCAGCCGGCUUGCUCUUUGUAUGCUUGCACUGCAUCCUCACCUACCAUCUGGCGGUCAGCGUACUGGACUUCUGGGUCGGACAUUUACGUGUUACUCUAACCAUUGUGGCCUUAAUAUCCCUCGUCUUGAGUGGAGUUUUUUUUAUCCAGGACAGCUUCCUCCUCCAGCAUUUAGCUGCUAUUUGCGAGUGGAUUUUUGUUUUAGACAUCUUGGUCUACUAUGGAACUUUCGCCUAUGAGUUUGGUUCGGUCUCCACUGACACGUUGGUGGCCGCUCUUCAGAGCACCUCAGCCCGCAGUUGCAAAACUACAGGAAGCAGCAACACCGCAACCCACCUCAACUGUAACCCUGAGCGGAUUGCCAUGAUUUAAUUAUGAGGAGAAAGGUGGAGGGGACAGGGCUCCCUCUACCUCUCUCCCAAUUAUGAACACUCAGGAAAUUUAGCUUUAUUCUUUUUCUUUCCAUAUGUUUUUUUUUUUUUUUUUUUUUAAUUUUUACCAAAUCGAUAUUUAAGCCAAUUUUUAAACCUUUUUGCUAUUGUAAUAGCCUGCAGCAUCUUUGCUUUGCUGGGCACUUUGUUAGCAAAAUACUUAAAAGGGACACAAAAACCUCAGUUACUUUUCAGCUCAUUUACAACUGCCCCUCAUUGACUUGAGAGAGACCAGAAAAGAAAAACAGGAUUUUUUUUUAACCUUAGAUAACUGAUUUACAACAUGACAGUGCCCAUUACUAAAAUUAAACAAUCUUUUCUCUUUUUUCUUAAAAAAAAUAUAUAUAUAUACACACACUAUUAUUGUUUUAAAAAAAGCACAUCUGCAUAUUAUUCCAAGGCUACUAUUUCUUUUGAAUAUAUCAUAUCUAGCAUUUUUCAGGGUUUAAUGUCCCUUUCAAAACAAACAAAAAAAGUAUUUACAGUGGCUCACUUUUUCAUGUAUAUUUUAAUGUGUAACCAUUUUUCUUGUUAUAUAUAUAUAUAUAUAUAUCUAUAUAUAUAUGCGUGUGAUUUGUGUAUGUAUAAAUGAGUGUGUGUGUAUGUGUGUGUGUAUGUAUGUAUAUAUGUAGAUAUAUAUAUAUAUAUAUAGAUAUAUAUAUACACACACACACACAAUUUUUUUACAUUUUUUUUUUGAGAAUAUAUUUUUAAGCAUAUCUGAUAAGACACCAGGUGGUCAUUUUGGAGUACUGCAUAUGAUAGGGAAACAAAACAAAAUACUAUAUUGGUCUGAAUCAGGCACAUACUGUAAUAUAUGCAUGCUUUAAAAUUGUUGCAUAUAAAUAACUUUUUUUUAUACAACAAAAUUGUAUCAAUGUCUUAAAUUUUAUAGUGUUUUAUUUACUGUUUAAGCAGUGUGGCACUUUUGCAGGUAGUGAUACAGAGUUGUUUUAGGUAAACAAAAUGUUCAGCUAAGAACUAUGACUGUUAUGUUACUUUUUGUUUAUUUAAAAAGAUGGAAACAAAGAAAGAAGUCAUAAAAAAACCUCCAUGAGAACUUGCAUGUUAUAGCCAUAAGUCCACUGCAGGGCCUGUACUUUUCUUUAUUAUGUAAACCAGGAAUACCAGCAGGUCAUAAAUACAUUUAAUAGGAAACAAGACUAAUUGGAAUGUAGAAUUUUUUAUGCAUUUUGCAUUACACCAGCUGACCCAGACUAGUAUUAAUUCAGAUGGCAGAAUACUUUGAAAAUAUCCAUCUGAUGUUGACACACUCCUGUAAGGAUGUAGUUUUAUAUAGCUUUCUAAUUUUACAGUAAUAAUAAACUUACUGCACUGUAUAACAACACAAAUUGUUCAUAAUCAUCAAAAACACUGUUAGAAUAUAAUACUGAGCCUCACUACACUGCCAGUACACUUUUUAAACCAUGUGUGCAGAUACUUUAUAUAAAUGAGUAAUUAAAAUGCAUUGCAUAAUCUUUUUAUAUCUUUAUAUAUAUUAUAAUAGUGUUAUGUGUUUAUAUGAUAUAGUUAGUUCAAAUUACCUCACAGAAGUGCCAUGUUUAUUCUGCAGGCAACUGCUGUCUAUUUUAGUAUAUUUAAUUAUUUUUGGAGUGGGUGGGGUUAGCUAUCAAUUAAUAAAAGAUUUGCCAAAAACUCAUAUAAAUCCAACAUUCCAUUGCAAUAACCAGCAUUCUCUGCUGUACCCCAGAAUGACCACUAGAUGUCGCUACAUAAGCCAAGCAGGCUGAAACUGAAUUUGCAGCGCUAACAUCACCCACCCAAGGUCAUAUUUCCACAAGCCUUAAAAGAAAAAAAACUUUUUUCUUUUUCUAGAGACUGUUGCUGCUCAGUGUAGAAGGAAGUAGCCUUCCUGUCUAAAGAUGUUUUACCAAUGUCUCCACUGCCACUUACUAACCCUGUACAGGAAAUAUCGUAUUAACAAGCAAAGUCAGAAUUCCAGUUUCCCCUGUUGCUAAGGGGAGCUAAAAGUUCACACUGCUCCAUAAAAGAUAGGAGCUUAGUGUUAAAGGAAAGAGAAUAUUGGACAUUGGUUGUUUUUUUUGUUUUUUUUUGCAAUAAAAAUAAAUUAUUAUG